AUGCAACCUCACACAUUCUCCUACACAUGUGACACUGUUGACGAGUCCUCCAUUUCACUCUCACUUGGCCCUCCUGGUACUCACCACAAACCCAAACUAUUCUCCCCAACAAAUCAAUCACCUUCUUCUACUCUUCAUCAUAAUCAUCACCAAAACCAAAACCUUACCAUUGAUGAUGACCAGAGUGGUGUAACUGUUGCACUUCACAUUGGCCUUCCAACAGCCAUAUCACAAAACAACACAACUAUUACCAAACCAGAUCAUCAUCAUCAUCAUCAUUUGCCUUCACCUCCUACUCAAGGUCAAUAUUGGAUCCCUUCUCCUGCUCAAAUCCUCAUUGGACCAACACAGUUCUCUUGCACAGUAUGCAAUAAAAUGUUCAACCGUUUCAACAACAUGCAGAUGCAUAUGUGGGGACAUGGGUCUCAAUAUAGGAAAGGACCAGAAUCUCUAAGGGGAGUAAAACCAGCUUCAUCCAUGUUAAGGCUUCCAUGCUAUUGCUGUGCAGAGGGAUGCAAAAAUAACAUAGAGCAUCCAAGGUCAAGACCACUGAAGGAUUUCAGGACACUUCAGACACACUACAAGAGGAAACAUGGAGCUAAGCCAUUUGGCUGUAGAAAGUGUGGGAAACCCUUUGCAGUGAGAGGGGACUGGAGAACACACGAGAAAAACUGUGGAAAACUUUGGUUCUGCAUCUGUGGAUCUGAUUUCAAACACAAGAGAUCACUCAAAGAUCAUGUUCGCGCUUUCGGGGAUGGUCACGCUCCACACACCGUGGAGAGUUGUGAAGAUCAAGAAGUUUUGUUAGGUGAUGAAUAUGAUGACGAAUUCGAAGGAGAUGAAAAUGAUGAAGAUGAUGAUGAUAUUGAUAACAUGGAUGGAAUGAUAUUUUGUUUUAAUUAA